AUGUUACUAGGGGUACUGCUAUUUAGCAUUACACUUGCAGAUGCUAGACUAUCUUCAGAUGGCAGCCCCGAGAAUCCUGAUCUGACCAGAAGUUUACCUCUGUACCAUCGGCAGACCAACGAUACGAUACUUCCUAUACGGCGAGACUGCCCCUUCAGUCCUUGGGAUGAGCUUUAUAUAACCGAUUUUCUUCAAGAGCACUUCAACGAUCUAUCAACGACUGAUCACUGCUGGAUCAUUAAGGGUGUAGCAGGGCUACACGAACUACUUCAGAGGAACAUUUCGGCCAACCCCCUUCUCAACGUCACUAUACCGACAUGUAUACCGCUCAACGUUUCCAGCAAGGGCAACGCCUUCUCUAUUGACUUCUCAGAUGACACAUAUAAGGUUAAUGGGGUCGGUGAGGAUGAGUUCGUGUUAUUGACAUAUGUGCAUCUUGUAUGCAUGACGGCGGCGUUCUUCUUCUGUUACCCCGUCAUCUUGGUACUGGCAUCGACGCCCAACUUGUGCAUCAUGAUCGACCGCGCACUCCAGGAGCCCACGAAACGAAAGUUGCAACGAUGGCAGACAAUAUUCACAGUCUUACUCUUCGCUCCACUAUCGACCGCCGGACUCGUUACCGGGAUAGUUGCAAUGGGAACCUCAGACCACGCAAGAACAGAGCACGGAAUCAUCGGUUAUAUCACUAUCGGCCUAGCCGCAAUAUCAGUGCCUCUCUACCUCUACCAAAAAAGACUCAGCUCCCGCCCCGACCUAACCUUCUACAUGUACCGCCGCCUCAAGUUCUUCAAUGCCCUCGACUUCCUCGUCUGCCAAGCCAUCCUGCUCAUCUCGGGCUUUGCCCUUCCAGACGGCAUCGACGAUUUUGGUAUCAUGACGAUUUGCGGCACAAACACGCUCUCUUCGUCGUUGCUCUUCUCUUUGGGCAUGAUUGUGUCGUUUGUAUGGAACUGCGCAAUGGCUACGAUGACGGUGCAGUGGCUUCUCGAACGGAGGAUUCGGGGUGGGAGUUUGAGGGACAGGGCGCCGCCGUGGAUGUUGAAGAUAUUGCGGAAACGGUCGGAUUCGAAUAUGACUUUCCAGACGUUUCAAGAGUCUCGUUGA